AUGGACGUGCUCUUGAACACGCUGCCCUGUGUACACGUGUUUAGGCUGUACUGCGCGAAGGGGUUCGUGAACUGGGACACGGAGGGGUUCGACCUUGCGUCGUCGCCCACGACCGAGAUCGUGUUGGGUCGUGCAGGCGGCGGGACGGAGUUGGUCGACUUCCCUGCCACUACGGACUGGGUAGGCGUGCUCGAUCCCCCCGAAGGAGUCGUCGUCCCAGGCGCUCUCACGUUUGUGUAUAUCCAGGUAUGA